GUGGCACCACCCCACUUGCGCGCCGCGAGCGCGAGUAACACCUGUCGCUGCGGGGCGGCUGUCGUUACUCGCACUCAAAAUUCAGCCGAAAGAAUAAGGGCGAGCCUGCCCAUGACGAGUUAGUUCUUCUCUCACAUUGAGGCUCCCGGGCGUUACAUAUACCGGCUGUAGCGACUGUGAUUGAGACGAACAUUGCAGAUUCCGCUCCAACUUGGAGCGAGCGGAAUCCACUCACCGUUCCUCGGAACGACGUGCCACCGACCUGCGCCUGCUCUUGAGCAAAGGAGAGUCCGCCCCUUCCAUCCGCCGAACCGGACAAGUUCGGUUCGUGGUGGUCGUAGCGCAAGAAAAAUGGUACGCGCGUACCAUCGCAAAACGGCUGUCGUCGACAAGGAGCAGCUUGUGGAAUCCUGGUAGAACCAUGACGAUAUAUGACAUCCCUGGAAUCGUGACUAAGGCACUGCUACUUGCCGUAACGCAUCAAAAUAUUGUGUCCGGAUUUGAAUGCACUGGAAUUUCUCUAUUCAACCCGGACAUUUUCCAAGAAUACAAAUUUUUGCUGAGUAGCGUUACGGAUAGGGAGAACCCUUCUACUUCCGCUGGUCCCGAAGAAGCCAAUCUUAACGCAGCCGAUCCGGGUACAUCAGUCGAACCUGACGCAGCCGAUCCGGAUACAUCAGCUGAACCUGACGCAGCCGAACAGAAUAAAAAUGAAUUCGAUUUCACGGAUUCUUCCAUGCUCCGUCGUGAUGAUACACGGAACUUGAGAGCAACGCUUGAAAGUAUUCGAGCAUUUCCUAAAGCCGCUCCGAGGCAGACAACUCGUAAAGGACGAAAACGAAGAACGACCGUCGUCUUUACUGACUCACCUCAAAUGAAGGAAUUGGCGACUGAGCAGGCAGAGUCGAAGCAGAAGAAAGAUGAGAAAUCUGCUACAAGGAAGAGAACGACAAAAUUGACCAUUACCACUACGCCGAGAAAGAGAGGCCGGCGUAGUGGUAAUGGUCGAUUUUGUAAAAAAAAUGCCACGCAAUCAGAACCGCAGCCUUCAACGAGCAGUGGGCGAAAAACGAAGUCAAGAAAAUUAAAUAAUAUGAGCUGCGUAUGCUCGGACAUGAUAGAAAACCGAGCCGACGAAAAACAGUGCAUUCGUGCAGGCGUAAGGCACACAACGAGUGCGUGCGCUCGACAGACUCUGUCUUUAAAUGUUUUAAUUGUUUCAAUGAUACUGAUAGCGAAAAAGAAAAUUGAUUUUCUUGAUGAAAUUAUUGUUCUACUAAAAAACAUUGAAUAAAGUGUAUUCUAUUAUUUUUUAUGAUCAAAAUUAUGUAUCUUUAUUUAAAAUCCAG